AUGGUCAAGCUCAACGCCAUUGCCGCACUCGCGGCCUCGCUCUCUGCCGUCUCGGCGCAGACCUACCAGCGACUGGGCACAUGCCCCAAGCUCGGCUGUGUGCUGCCCCCCGACCAGAGCGACUUCCUCCCCGGCCAGCUCUUCGACCUCCGCGUCGAGGUUCACGCUCCCGUCAACGGCUCCGAAGCCGCCCACAACGGCAAGCCUGACCAGAAGUUCAAGGUGACCAUCGCCAAGGACGGCGGCAAGCCCAAGGACUUUGCAAAGGCCUUUAACAUCGAGGAGCCCAAGGUCGAGACCUGGGACUUUUCGUGGUACGAGGACCUGUUUGCCGAGGACGAGGACAAGCCCACCAUUGUCAACGUCGCCUCCAAGGCCUACCGCAAGCUCGCCAUCUACGAGCCCGGCAAGUACACCGUCACACUCAACUACUACAACGGCGAGAAGACCACUGCCGAGUGGACUGUUCGCGAGCUUCACCCCAAGCGCAAGGCCAAGAACGUCAUCUUCUUCAUUGGUGAUGGCAUGACCACCAACAUGAUCACUGCUGCCCGUCUCCUCGGACACAAGAGCAUCAACGGCAAAUACCAGACCCUCAUGAAGAUGGACGAGUUCCCCGUCCUGGGCCACCAGAUGACCCAUUCCAUCGACAGCUACAUUACCGACUCUGCCAACUCGGCCUCUGCCCUGUACACUGGCCACAAGAGCACUGUUAACGCCAUGGGUGUGUACGCUGACUCUUCUCCCGAUCCUUUCGAUGACCCCAAGGUCGAGACCAUUGUCGAGAUCUUCAAGCGCAUCUGGGGCGGUGCUUGGGGCGCUGUCUCGACUGCCUACCUCGCUGAUGCUACCCCUAUUGCCCUCACUGGCCACACCCGUGCCCGUAGCCAGUAUGGUCCUCUGAUUGACCAGGCUCUCCACGGUAACACCAACUACUCCUGGACCAGCCACGGUGGCCCCGAUGUCUUCUUCGGUGGCGGUGCCGAGCAGUUCUUUGCCGGUGAGGAGUCUUUCCAGGGCAAGGACUACUACAAGGAGUUCCAGAAGCAGGGAUACACCGUCAGCCUGAACAAGACCUCUCUCCUUGCUGCUGACAAGAGCAAGAAGGCCCUCGGUGUCUUCUGCCAGAGCAAUCUCCCCGUCUGGCUCGACCGCAACAUUUACAAGGACAACCUCAAGGGCCUUGACAACAACCCCACCGGCGGCAAGGGUGACGCCACUGACCUGCCCGGUCUCAAGGAGAUGACCCUCAAGGCCGUCGAUAUCCUCAGCACCCGCGGCAAGGACAAGGGUUUCUUCCUCAUGUCCGAGGCUGCCUCUGUCGACAAGCAGAUGCACGCUCUUGACUACGACCGUGCCCUCGGUGACCUUCUCGAGCUCGACGACACUAUCCGUGCUACCAUUGAGAAGCUCAAGAAGCUCGACAUCCUCGACGAGACCCUCAUCAUUGUCUCUGCUGACCACGGCCACGGCUUCGAUGUCUGGGGUUCUGCCGACACCAAGUACCUCGCCGAGCAGGAGGACGACCGUGACAAGCGCCGCGCCAUUGGUGUCUACCAUAACUCUGGCGAGUCUCAGUACACCAAGAAGGCCAAAGGUCUCGAGUACGGCACUGGCCACACUUUCCCCGUCAACUGGGAGCCCCGCUACGCCAUCGCCGGUGGUGUUGGUGCUGCCCCUGACCACCGCGAGGACUACAAGGUCCGCAAGAACGGCCCCCGCAAGGCUGCCGUCGAGCUCAAGGACGGUGACUACUACGUCAACCCCAAGGACUCCCCCAAGGGCUUCGUCGUCAACGGCACCCUCCCCACCGGCGAGUCCCAGGGCGUCCACUCGCUGACCGAUGUCCCCGUCUACGCCUGGGGUCCCUGCCAGGACACCUUCAGCGGCACCUUUAACAACGUCGACAUUUUCUAUAAGAUUGCCAACUGCCUUGGUCUCGCCCAGGGCAAGGGCCGUGGCGCUCACUCUUGCAACCUUUAA